UCGUCGUUUGUAGCAGGACAGAAACCCAACAAUCUUUAAAAAUCUUCUUCAAUUCAAGGCUGUGCCUACUUUGACUGCUGUUUAUAAUUUCAAGUGCUGAGCACUAAUUGCAAACCAAAAACACAAAACUCAAAACAUCACUGGUCAUCACAGCCAUCAUGCGCUCAGCUUUUAUCGUCGCUACUUUCUCGCUCUCUAUCCUCGCCGCCCCUGUUGCCGAGGCGAAGCCUAUCUACAAGAGCAACGGAAUUGGACAGAACGAUCGCCCCGACCUCAAUGGCAGAGUUCACCAACGUGAUUUUCAAAUGGAGGCACGCUCGCCUACCCUCAGCAGAAACAAGAACUCACGCGAGCUCGAGGUUGAGGCACGCUCUCCUGCCCUCAGCAGAAACAAGAACGCACGAAGCAUCGAUGAUGAAGACAGGCUAGGGGCCGCGGAAGAGGCCGAAGCUCUAUCCAACAGAUCCGCCGACCCAGAACCCUUUGGACGUGGCUCUCACCCUCGAUCCGCCGACCCAGAACCCUUCGGACGUGGUUCUCACCCUCGAUCCGCCGACCCAGAACCCUUCGGACGUGGUUCGCACCCUCGAUCCGCCGACCCAGAACCCUUCGGACGUGGUUCGCACCCUCGAUCUGCGGAUCCGGAACACUACUCCCGGGCAAAGCAGGGACGCGACGUUGAGGCCCGUUCUGCUGAGCCCGAGCCUGGCUACGUAAGGACCCCCCAGAAGCGAGCUGCGAAGGCCGAGGCGGAGCCUAUCAACCGCAUCUUUGGCGAGAGUGGAAAGCCACGAACGAGCAAGAACACCUUCUAAAUUUUGCCAAGCAAUCGAAUCCACUCUGCAUGCUCUUUCUUACUCGCGUGGAAUUGUUACACGGUCGCGGAUGAGGUAUCCAUCCGACACUCCUCUAUAUUUGGAUCUUUUGGCGAUAAUUGUGAUUGAUUGAGAGGGACGAGAAGGCUGUACAUACUUUGUGUAGCCUGCCAAUUAAUGCGAUGACCUGUCUCAGCAACUUCACAAUUCCCUCACGUACAUCAU